UUGAAGUAAAAGUAUAUAGUAUGCUCGCAGCUAGCAGCGGCAAUAUUCUUUAGAAUAAUAUUCCGUAGAAAAUGAGUUCGGAUUCAGGAAACACCGACAUUCAAUGGGCUCUAGAUAUUCUUACACCUGAUCCAAAUUAUGAGCCAAAUUUCUUCUCAAAAUGGUUCCAUUGGAUCGUAAUACCAGGUACUGUUGUGAGUGGCGUGGCCUAUGUUAAUUACUUCCAAAGAAGACCAAUUUAUGCAGGUCUACGCAGAUAUGCAAUUGCUUUAGUAGCAGGACUUGUAGGUGCAAAAGUCCUUGAAGAUGCCAAGUGGCACAGAGAAGCUGAAAGAGAUGCAGUUUUGCGGCAUUAUGUCAAAUUACACCCAGAAGACUUUCCUCCACCUAAAAAAGAGACAUAUAAUGAUGUGUUCUGGGAGUGGGUACCAGUUCGUUGAUUAUUUUAUAACAUGGUGUGUAGAGUAUUGUCAUUGAAGUCAUGUAAAUAUUAUUAAAUCUUAAUUAAGAUGAAAUAAACACUUUUGUGUUCAUCCAAUUUGAAAUUAUUAUCAUAAUAAACUUUUAAUCUUGAUUAAAUUUGAAAAUUGUGUACAUUAGCCAAAGUUUUCUUUGUAGUAUUAAACAUUAAUAAAAACGUAUAAAAGAAAUAAUAAAAAAAC